AUGAGGCAGCUAAUCCGGCGGCUCUCUCGCGUCGGCGACUGCUCUCCACCGCCGCCUUCGUCGUCGUCAUCUUCGGCGAGGAAGAAGCGCAGCAAGGCACACGCGGGGGUGCCGGAGGGGCACGUGCCGGUGCACGUGGGCGGCGGCGCUGAGGGCGCGGAGGAGCGGUUCCUGGUGCGCACCGAGCUGCUGGGCGCGCCGGCGCUCGCGGACCUCCUCGGCCGCGCCGCGCAGGAGUACGGGUACCGCCACCAAGGCCCGCUGCGCAUCCCCUGCCCCGUCGACGUCUUCCGCCGCGCGCUCGCGUCCGUGUCCGUGGCCGGCGACGAGGAGGGCGAGUAG